UGACGUCUCCCUCCCGAUGGCCGAAGAAGAAACGCGAGUGUCGUCGCUCGCGGCUCGUAGUCGUCGGCGCGCCUGCGAUUCGCGAGCAUGCACAGCAUUGUUGUUCGAUAACGAGAGGCAUCGCCCGUCCCGAGUGUUGAGUGGCCGGCUAAUCUCUCACUGAGUUUCGAUAAUUGCGAUAAGUGCUUUGAAUAAUUCUGAAAAAUUAUAAAUUGUUGUCUUUAAAUAAAUAAAUAAAAGAAGCAGAGAAACAAUAAAUAUAUUUGCAAUAUAUUGCAAUAUUGGAAAUCGAUUGUACUUUAAUGCAAACUUAAGUAAUAAUACUCUUAAAUGAAUACGCUGUCUAUAAUAAUACACAAUUGACAGUAUCGAAGAAUACCAGUUAUAAGAUACAAAAUAUAAAAUCGAACAUUUUUCGUUGUGAAAUCCAUUUGAACUGGAUUGUAUGUGAAACAGCUGUUGUGCUACAAGUUCUAAGUGUCCCGGCGUAAUUACUCGAUACAGUGUGAAUUGGUCGAAGAAGGUAUAAUUCGGAGUCGAAUUUUCUUCGGGAAAAUUAUUUCGAAAGUGAAUUUUAAUCAGCGCAGACUCCGAUAUAGACUAUCUAUAUUUGUCGAGAUAGAAGUUUAUUUUCGAAUGGUGCGCACGUGUACCGUGCGUAUCGCGGAUAUUUAAAGAGAAGCAGCAAGAACGAUAAGUGAUCUUCAAGCGGAUCGAUAUUUCCGCUCUCAAAGAUUUCGCGGAAGGAGACUCGAUAAGGAGGUACCUUUUCUCUCCUGUGUUUUGCCACUCAAGACAGGAUGGUCACGCAUAGUAUGGAUAACAUCCUGAACAUGCAGUACUACCCGACGAACAGCCACGUCGACGCGUCGGUGCAUUCACCGCCACCGAGGAAGAGACGUUGUUUGAAUAAAGAGCAAGAUCCGAUGUCACACAGGAUCAUCGAGAAACGCAGAAGAGAUCGUAUGAACAACUGCCUGGCCGACCUCAGCAGACUCAUACCGGCGGAAUACUUGAAGAAGGGUCGGGGCAGAGUCGAAAAGACGGAGAUCAUCGAAAUGGCGAUCCGUCACAUGAAGCAUCUUCAAGGCCUCCGGCAAGAUACCAAGCACUCGCCCGUGACGCCGGUGCACACCCAUCCCGAGGACAGCGUGGACAGCGUGUCCCAUUCGACCGCGGCCUCCACCGCGGCGGAGCAUUACAAACUGGGAUUUCAGGAGUGCUUGAGCGAAACCAUGCAUUUUCUCAUCGAGGUCGAGGGUUUUUUCGCGAGGGAUGCCCUCUUCGUACAGCUCAUCAAUCAUUUGCAGCAGCACUGUGACAAAAUCGUAGCCACUAGUGACCGAUUAGGCUUUCCGCAUCCCGAGCUGCCAGUGAUGAACGGCACGAUGAACGGCGCCGGCUACUCGCACACGAGUAUUCCGACGAUAUGCCAGCCCAACGGCGGCCACUCGGACCACGGCUCGAGCUCGGGCGUGAGCUCGUUCGGCGAUCCGGAGCGCCCGCUGCUGCGACCGGCGAUCGUGCCGCCGCCGACGAUCGUGAGCGACGACAGCAACCACAGCACCCACUCGCACAGCACGCCGCCCGGAGCCGGAAGCGUCUCCUGUCGGGACCACCGGCCGACCAACUACAAGUUCAAGAGCUCGAUCAAGCAGAGGUUCUCGGCGGAGAGGGUGAAGUCGUGUUCGCCGCCGGUGUCGAACGGCGCCGGGCUCGACAAGCCACCGUCCUCGUCGUCUCACGGGGUGCCGAUCUUCGCUCUGCACGACGCCGGAUCCUUCUACGUGCCACUGACAGUCGAGGCGUCCCUGAUCAGACCCCAUCUGAGCUUCAUUCCGGACACCGGGCCCGACACCGUUCUGCAUCCGGUCACGAUAUCGGUUAACUUCAAUCACUCGUCGCCGACGGCGUGGUCGCAGCACCACAGUCCCACUCACCAGCAUCAGACAUAAGGGAGAGGCGAGAACGGUUAAAACGAAUGACUCGUCAUCCGAUCGCCCAUCGUGUCCAUCGUGAGCGAUGUAAAUAUACUCUGAUCCAUCAACUUCCGAUACGCCAUCAGUAGACUGAUUUUUGCAUUAGCAGUGCCCUAAUACAUGAGUAUAAGAAUUCUUGAAUAAUUCUGUCAGUCAUUGCGAUGGAAUCGGGAGAGAUAACGAGACCGUCCACGUGGCGCUCGCGAGAAUCAAGAACAGUUUGUUCCUCCUAUUUUAUUGAUCGCAAUACGCGGUGGACAUAAAGUGACCUAUAUACGAUACAAUUCGUUGACAUAAUCUAGUAUACAUCGUUAAAUCUCAAUAAAUGAAAUAAAUUCUGAUCAUGUAUCAAGUCUUUCUUGUUAUUCGUAUCGGUAUCUUAAAAGUAAUUGUGAUGAUAAUUAAAAAUGUCGUGUAUAGGUCGCUUUUCGGAUGUAUGCAUAGGAGACGCCGAAGUCGAGGAUGUUUGUACAUUUAUUGAGGCUGUGGGUCGCUUUAGCAUUUACGAGGUUCGAGAGAAAGCGUUGUUGUUAAGGGUUGUAAAUAGGUAGAGUAUUAAGGAUAAGAAGCUCCAAAGUCGUUCUGGCUUCGGUGUGUCUUUCUUCGUUGUUAAUCUGUAUAAUUCGGACAUCCGUUUUCCUCCUUCCUCUUCCCUAACGGAUAUUUCAUCUCGUCCCCACUCCUCUCCCCCCGUUUUGACUCCAUCUAUUUUCCUUUCUCGACGCCAUUCUUCAUAAUUUUCAUCUGACAAACUUUUCGCACCGCUAUGUUCCCUUAGUAAAAAAUCAGUAUGAAUAUUGAUGAAUCAACGGAUAUCGUUUAUUAAUUAUUUAACAUGUUUGUGAGUAUUCAGCGGAGGAGCACGUUGCGUCUUAAUACAAAGUAGGGAUCUGGAAACAGCUUCGUUUCUUAUGUAUCUUAUAGUAAGAUCGUAGUAUGAAAAGAUCGUAGACAUACUAUGUCUAUGGAAAAUACAUAUAGCAUGUCUUUUUCUGUUAGGCUAACGCAGCAAACGCAUGACAAUAGACAAACGUUAUCAACCUAACAGAAUUCACAGAAGCGACGAUCUUGCUUCGAGAUCCCAACCGGAUUGAUCCGUGUAAAUCGAUGAUUUUCCGUUUUUGCGUUGUAAGUUAGAGUAAAAGUGCCUACACGUAUGUAUACAUACAUACAUCAUACACAUAUAUAAACAUGUAUACGUAUAUGUACGUAUGUAUGUAUAUAGCGAUUCAUGAAUUCCACUUAUGUGAUUUUUCCCGAUAUUCGUUUCUCUUUUUUUUUUCUGCGAAUAUAAUCCUGUGUCAUGUUCGAUCACGAGAGGAUUGAGUCUGCUCGACGCCCCGCCAAGAACGGGCCUCAGCAAUUAAAGACUGACCAAGACCUGCAUUACAUUAAAAAAAAAACUCUUAUAAGAUCACUGCAUUAAGUAUAUUUGUACAUACCACGUCUAGCUGUAACUUUAACAAAGAGAGGAGAAGAAGUUUAUGCGGAAUAAAUUAUAUUUACCUUAGAAA